GACCGAUACGGCUUGCUCGGCUUGUUGCCGGUGAUUCGAAUGGCGAAUCCAAACGUGUCCACGCUCGCCUUGGGUGCUGACUUGACCAUGCUUGGUUUGAACCUCAACUCUCCGGACAGCUUGUAUAAGUCCUUCUCGUUGCCCUGGAACGAUUCGGCGCCAAAGAACGACAUGGAACUCACUAUUCCAUCCGCGUAUUCGCAGCAAGUGAGUCGUUGCCAUCCGGCGGUGUUCGCGAAGUUCCAGCAGGAGACGCUCUUUUACAUCUUCUACAGCAUGCCCGGAGAAGAGUCUCAAUUAUUCGCCGCGGACGAGUUGGUACAGCGCGGAUGGGGGUUCCACAAAGAACUCAAGGCUUGGUUGAUGCGCGUGGCGAACACCGAACCGGCGAAUCAAAACGAGCAGGGCGAGCGCGGCUCUUUCUGGGUGUUCGAUCCCAUGACGUGGGAGCGAGUGAGGAAAGACAAUUUCACGCUGCAGUACGAUCAGUUGGAGACGCGCCCGACGGUUCCC